GGAAGUCUCGUCUGAGAUCCUGUCUGUUUUGACACCAGCUGCUUAGUGUGUGUGUGCAUGUCCGUGCGUGUGUGUGUGUGUUUGUGCAUGUGUGUGUGCUCCGCUUCCUGCCGCUGCUCGCUGUCCGUCUCAGUGUUGAUCGGCUCGCCAUGGCGGAAGGACGCAGAGAACAGCCGGCCCAUCCUUUCCUCUCCUUCCCACCGGCCAGCAAGCGACCCUGCCUGCGCCCCGCUCCCCGAGGUCCCGGCCCGGGGCCCGGCCACGGCAGCGGCUCGCCCGGCUCCCGGUACCGCUCCCCGGAGUCUCUCCUGGACUGCGCCGCCAAGGCAGUAGCGGAAAAGUGGGCCUUCGAGAGAGUGGAGGAGCGCUUCGAGCGCAUCCCGGAGCCCGUCCAGCGCCGCAUCGUCUACUGGUCUUUCCCCCGCAACGAGAAGGAGAUAUGCAUGUACUCUUCGUUUCAGUGCCGAGUCGCCGGCGAGGAGGGUCCGUCGGCGGCUACCGGCGGGGCUGGGGCCGGGGCUGCUGGGGCUGCGGGCUCCGGAGCUACAACCGCCGGCGGUGGCGGAGGAUCUAGUGCCGGUACGGCGGCUACCGUGGGCGCAGCCGGAGCUGUGGGCACGGGAGACGGACUGCCUUUCCGCCGGGGUAUCAGGCUGCUAGAGACCGGCUGUGUGGAAAACGUUUUACAAGUCGGGUUUCACCUCAGCGGCACCGUAACCGAACCCGCCACACCGUCAGAGCCCGAGGUCACCCACAAGGUGGCCAUCAGCUUCGACCGAUGCAAGAUCACCUCCGUCACCUGUGGUUGCGGGAACAAAGACAUUUUCUACUGCGCCCACGUGGUGGCGCUCUCCCUUUACCGCAUUCGCAAACCUGAACAGGUGAAGCUGCGGUUGCCCAUCUCAGAGACGUUGUUCCAGAUGAACAGAGAUCAGCUGCAGAAGCUGGUCCAGUACCUGAUCACAGCCCACCACACCGAGGUGCUGCCCACCGCUCAGAAACUGGCCGACGAGAUCCUCUCCUCCAACUCUGAGAUCAACCAGGUCCACGGUGCACCAGACCCGACUGCAGGCGCCAGCGUCGACGAUGACAACUGCUGGCAUCUGGACGAGGAUCAAGUCAGAGAGCAGGUCAAACAGUUUCUGUCCCAGGGAGGAUACUACGGCUCCGGGAAGCAACUCAACUCCAUGUUCGCCAAGGUGAGGGAGAUGCUACGAAUGCGAGACUCCAACGGCGCCCGAAUGUUGACGCUCAUAACGGAACAGUUCAUGGCGGACCCACGGCUGUCGCUAUGGAGACAGCAGGGCACGGGCAUGACGGACAAGUGUCGGCAGCUCUGGGACGAGCUGGGUGCAUUGUGGGUGUGUGUGGUGCUGAACCCCCACUGUAAGAGCGAGGAGAAGAGCGGCUGGCUGAAGCAGCUGAAGAAGUGGGGCGACAUGGACGUCUGCCCGCUGGAGGACGGAAACUACGGCAGCGAGCUUCCAAACAUCACCAACGCUCUGCCGCAGAGCAACCUGGCUCAGGACUCUCUGUCCAGGCCGAGGCGGUCGGUGUUCAGCCGGGCCAUCGAGGCGUGCGACCUGCACUGGCAGGACAGCCACCUGCAGAGGAUCAUCAGCAGCGACCACUACAUGUCUCCGUCCUACCAGAGGGAGGGGGAGAGCCUGCUCUUCAACCCACAGGGCCUGCCGCUCUGGCUCGACCACGUCCCGACGGCAUGCGCUCGCGUCGACGCCCUGCGUUCCCACGGUUACUCGAGGGAAGCAUUGCGAUUGGCCGUGGCCAUCAUCAACACGCUCCGCCUCCAGCAGCAGAGACAGAUGGACAUCUACAAACACCAAAAGAAAGAGCUUCUCCAGAGAGGCGUGACCUCCACCACCAACCUGGAAGGCUGGGUGGGUCAUCCCUUAGACCCGAUCGGCUGCCUGUUCACCACGCUCACCGAGACGUGCCGCGUGGACGACGACAACACCAUGGACACAGGAGAAGGCGACCCCAGGCCUCCAGUCUACCACCAUGUCCCCGUGUGGGGCAGUCCUGAUGGAGGGGAGUCCUACCUGACUCUGGCCCUGGAGGUGGCUCUGAUGGGGAUGGGCCAGCAGAGGAUAAUGCCCGAGGGCCUGUACGCUCAGGACAAGGUGUGUCGUAACGAGGAGCAGAUUGUUGCAAAACUUCAAGAACUGGAGCUGGACGACCUCCUGGUUCAGACUCUUCGGAAACAGGCCAUCCAGCUACUAGAAGCUGGUCCGUUCAGCGGUCUGGGUGAGGUCAUCCACAGGGAGAGCGUUCCCAUGCACACCUUCGCCAAGUACCUCUUCUCCGCUCUGCUGCCACACGACGCAGACCUGGCGUAUAAGGUGGCUCUCCGCGCCAUGAGGCUGCCGGUGCUGGAGUCGUCAGCGGGCUCCGGGGACGUGGGCCACCCUCACCACGGCAUCUCCAUCGUCCCCAGCAGAUACCCGCGCUGGUUCACACUGGGACACCUGGAGUCCCAGCAGUGUGAGCUGGCCUCCACCAUGCUCACUGCUGCUAAAGGCGACAUGCUGAGAUUGCGGACGGUGCUGGAGGCCAUUCAGAAAAACAUCCACUCCUCUUCCUUAAUCUUCAAACUGGCCCAGGACGCCUUCAAGAUCGCCACGCCGGCAGACAACCCGCCUGAUAUCACUCUGCUCAACGUGGCGCUGGAGCUGGGACUGCAGGUGAUGAGGAUGACUCUGUCCACUCUGAACUGGAGAAGAAGAGAGAUGGUUCGCUGGCUGGUAACCUGUGCCACUGAAGUCGGUCUGCGGGCGUUGGUGAGCAUCCUACAGAGCUGGUACACUCUCUUCACGCCGACCGAGGCCACCAGCAUCGUGGCGGCCACCGUCAUGUCCCACAACACCAUCCUGCGCCUCAGCCUGGACUACCCGCAGCGCGAGGAGCUGGCCAGCUGCGCCCGGACCCUGGCACUGCAGUGCGCCAUGAAGGACCCCCAGAACUGCGCCCUGUCGGCCCUGACGCUCUGCGAGAAGGACCACAUCGCCUUCGAGACGGCCUACCAGAUCGUGAUCGACGCGGCGUCCACGGGGAUGACGUACUCCCAACUGUUCACCAUCGCCCGGUACAUGGAGCACCGGGGGUACCCUCUCCGCUCCUUCAAGUUGGCCUCCCUCGCCAUGACCCACCUCAACCUGGCGUACAACCAGGACACACACCCGGCUAUUAACGACGUGCUCUGGGCGUGCGCGCUCAGCCACUCGCUCGGUAAAAACGAGCUUGCCGCCAUCAUCCCCAUGGUGGUGAAGAGCGUGCACUGCGCCACGGUGCUGUCCGACAUCCUGCGGCGGUGCACCAUGACGGCGCCGGGGCUCGCCGGCAUCCCCGGGAGAAGGAACUCUGGGAAGCUGAUGUCGACGGACAAGGCGCCGCUGCGGCAGCUCCUGGACGCCACGAUCUCGGCGUACAUCAACACCACGCACUCUCGACUGACGCACAUCAGUCCGCGGCACUACGGAGAGUUCAUAGAGUUCCUGAGCAAAGCACGGGUGACUUUCCUGCUGGCACAGGACGGCCACAUCCAGUUCGCCCAGUUCAUAGACAACCUGAAACAGAUCUAUAAGGGCAAGAAGAAACUGAUGAUGUUGGUCCGGGAGCGUUUCGGCUGACCUCACCCCUCCCUCACAGGGACCCUCUCCUUGGGAAGUAGUUCAACUUAUUCGUUUCUAUUUAAGGUUUUUUGGAUUUCCUUGUAUUUUUACUUUCUUAUGUUGAGCCAUUUGUUGACUAAGUCUUAAGUUUUUGUCCUUAUUUUGUUGUUUUGUUUCUUGAAUGUGAACCAGGAAGUGUUCGCAGUACAUUGCUCUACUUCGUUGAGACUGCAAAAAGGGGGGAAACGGCUUCGAAAAUGUCAAAGAGAAAAACAAAGCAUUUUCCCCCUCCGACUAAUGUUAAAAUUUAGUAUGAAAAAAGUCAAAAGAUUGUGAUGAAAACUUUAGUUUUUCUGGUGGCACAUGAUGAUUUUGAAAACCAAAAGAUUUUGUUGGAUGGGGUACUUACUUUGAGCCAGAAGACGCUUUCAGCUGCGGUUAAGAAGAAGAAUAGGAGGAGGAGGAGGAGGAGGAGGAGGUUUUCACAGUGGAAGGAACAUGUCAUUCCAAAAGAGAUAAAAAAAAAAAAACCCACUGAGGUCAAAAACACACAUGGUGUUACCGUCAUACCUCGACUGUAUUAUUCGUCAGCUUUAACUUCUCUAUCAGAAAUGGCCUCUAGUUUCAUUCAGGGCAUCUUAGAGUAGAUAACAACACGUGUGCUCUCUCUGUAGUACCAACUGGUUUUGACUAAAGCCACUCUAGACUAGCUCCUCCCCUCUACACCUGCUGGUCAGUGCUUUUCCUCAACAAUAUCUUCAAAGGAAAGGAUCAUGAUGCUUCAAAGAGUGCAUGUUUCCACAUCCAGAAGCCUGAGGGUGACAUUAUUCAGGCUGUUCUUGCUAAGGUAGAGUAGUUGAGGCUCCACGUGCACAUAUAUAUACAGUAUAUCUCAUAUGUCCUCCUAUAAGCUUAUUAACAGUGACAAUACACAACUGUGACGAAUGGUGGGAGUAUUGUGGCAGUAUUCCCAUUUUUUUUAGAGCUACCACUGCACUGCUGUACAGCUAUUUGUGGCCAAAACCUUUGAAAUCUAUAAGACUCCAGUGGUCACCUCUCACCCGCUAGAUCAAGAUUUAGUCAAUAAGCAAUAUACAAUAAUGUCUGCGCUUCAUUUUUAGCACCUAGCAGCAUUAAUUUCACUUAUUUGUAUUCUGUUAGGAAGCUUCGGAACAUAUUGGGAACUUGACUGUUAGUCGUUAACUCUGCCUGUAGCUAAAGUCCCUUUUCCAUCUCAACAAUCUUGUUUCUGUGUUUCCUGGAGCUUUUCUCAUCACCUUGAGCCGAUUUUCAGAGCAGAAAUCUGGUUCCAAUGUUGAUUCUUUUCAUGCUCAUAGUUCCUACCGCUACAGCCCCAGCAGCUCAGAUACUAUAAUUAUACUUUUUUACUAAAUGCUGAGUUGUUGGGGUGAACUAUGCAGUACUUCCCAUUCCCAAUUGGUCAAAUAAGCACUAAUAAAAGAGUCAGAAUUAGCUAAAAUCACUGUAGCAGCCAGAAUUAAUAAUUGCUAAAUAAUAUUGGACUUAUAAAAAGGAAAAAAGUUCUGCCUUAUGUAUAUAGAAUAGAAAGCCUACCAAAAGAUUUUAGCAAAUUAAUUAGCUAAUUAUCUAUAUUUUUAUAGCUGACAAAUACACAAUUUGGGUCGAUCUCGCUAUAGUCAUCAUCUUCGUUUCUGGCUGCAGCAGGCAGGCUAACAGUUAGCAGCUAGCAAAGAAGUUUUCAGUUAGCUGAAGGACAUUGUGGAGCAAUUAGUUGCUAAAAAGUAAUUGGAGACCAGAACAAAACAAAUAUUGGGCUUAUAUUUGUGAGUUUGUCAGAAACAGGACUCCAAAGAAUGCUAAUUUUGCUGCUAAAUGUGUGAAUUAUCAACUGUUUGCUAACACAUUGACAGUGGCAGUGAAGAAAAUUACUGGUCUGAGUAACUUUUGUUUGUAUGAAUCAAAACAAAAAAGUUAGCAGCUAGCGGUGCAUUUAGCAGCUAAAGAGUAAAUGGGGACCAAAACAGAGAUUAAAAAAAAUAUUGGAGGAAUAUUGAGCUGACAUUUGUUAUUUGACCAGAAACACAACUCUAGUUUGUUAGCCACCCCAGUUUUGUAAGGUAAUAUGUCACUGUUAACACCCUAAAGUGGCCUAAAAAUCAGUUGACAGUAGUGAUGUCCAAAUGAAGCUUCAUCAACCAUUAGUUGUAUUUGUAUUUAACAGAAAAAGACUCAAUAAAGGUUAAUUCAUUGUGCUUUUAAGCCUUUUUUGGACAAAGAGCGCCAACUCGUGGGCUCAGAAAAUAUAGAAAAUGUUUCGGGAAGCUUCAUUUGGACAUCACUAGUUAACAGUGGCGUAAGUAUUGUUUGGAUAAACUAAAACAAAAAAAGACAGGCUAAUAUUUAAAACGGUAAUCGCAGUUAGUGAUGUCCACAUGAAGCUUGAUGAACAAUUAGUUGUAUUUUUUCACUAGAUAGCAUAAUUGGUUUAAAGAAAAAACCUGAAGAAAGGCUAAUUCAGUGUGCUUUCAAAGCUUUUUUUGGACAAAGAGCUAUAUCUCGUGGGCUCAGAAAAUAUAGAAAAUGGAUCAUGAAGCUUCAUUUAGACAUCACUAAUCUCCGUAAUGUCAGUGAUGUCAAAAUACACUUAACCUAGCUGAGCCUGUAGUUUCUUGACUUGUGAUGGAAAAGGUUCUUUAGCUACUAAAGCCACUUACCCGUGAAUGCUACUGGUUGUGAUCAUCCUGGACUGUGAAGACGGGUGGUUUAUAGAUACAAACAGUGCAAACACAACAAAUACUGUAACGUUUUAUGACUUUAACCGUGCAUAUUGGAGACCACAUGCCUUGGCACAGGAGGUUACUUCUUUCUUUCUUUAUGAGGGAUGUUCAUGUUCCCUUUUCUUACCCGGAGGCAAAGUGUUGUUAAUGGCCGUAUAGAAUACAGCAAAGAGCUUAAAUCUUUACCGGUCGGACUAAAUGUCAUCGUACAAGCACUUCACACAAAUACCUCUUCAGUACGUUCCUGCCUGCUUCAGCAUUUAUUUAUUGAUUGUUUAGUAACUUUGUAUGAGUGAGUAGAAAUCGCAGACACACAAACAGAACACGAGAGUGAGUCGGCCUGUCGGCGACGGCAGGAGAAUAAAAGAAAAAGGGUUGUUGUUUUUUUUUUGUUGAAUGGAGGAACAUUUUCUUGUCUGUUUUUUACAUUCCAUGAGAGCUACCUUCACCCACUACCCGGGUAGUCAGUCACAACUCUGGGCCUUUUUGAUCUGAAGAAACGCAUAUAGAAGAAUGGGGGGGAGGAAAAAAAAGGAAAACUGAGCAAAAGAAAGAAAAGAGAGGCUAAACUCAGUUCUCAGGGACAUCACUUAAAGAAACAAAACAAAAAGUAGUAGCAUUAAGCAUUUAAGAUAUUGUAAAUAUUAAAGUGUCAAUUCAGAAAAUUGUAAAGUUAUAAUUAUUUAUGAUAAGUACGUUAUGUGUUUGUUUUUACUUUGUUUUAUUUUGGCGGGGGUGUACUUGAAUUGUUUUGGACGGGGAAUUUGACAGCGUUUUUUGUAAGAGCAAAGACUUCAAGGCAUUUCUCAGGUGCUCCUGUGUACAUUUCUUUCAGUUUGUUUUUGCUAUAAUAACUAUUAUUAUUUGUAUUUUUUUUGUUGAUUUGUUUUUGAUUUGCAAAGACAAAAAAAAAGUCUGUUUUCCAAAAGGAAGCAUGUCGUUCGAAGUCGAGGAAAAUGGGGGAAGGCAUUCAUUUGUAAACAGUACUAAACCUGACUAUGCAGAACCACUUCGAUGGUCUUGUCACCUCUUAAAGAUGCCCCCCUAAAGGUGUGGAAGAAGAGACUCAGUGGAACGAACCACUAUUAAAGAGAAAAAGGGGGGGUGGACAAAGACAAGACCCAGCAUGCUUGUAUUUGGACAAUGCGCAGUAGCCAGCCUGCAUACGCUGCAACAUUUAGAGGAGAAAAAAAAUGAAAAUGGUGGAAAAAUGCCUUUGUGACCGAUCAAUGUACAAAGUUUAUUUUUGCUUUACUUCUUUGUUGGGUUUUUUAUUUAAUCAGGACUCAAGCCUUUAGUGUCUUCUCAGAGGUGUCGAGUGGCGGCACCGCAGUGAGACAGAACAAUACACGAAAUGUCAGAGAGUCAGAAACAGCAACUGUGUGAACAAAGGAGGCGGCCUGCGGAUGACCUCGUGUUCAUUCCUCGUUGUUACUUGUUUUUGUGAUUGCUUUCUCAACUCCCUUCACCUCUUCUAUCUCAUUGCCAUGCUUUCUUUAUCUAAUCUUCAGUUGUUCAUCACCUCACCCGCUCUCACACCGGGAGGAGCUUCGCGUCCACGUGUCGGCGACCAUAAAGCACUCGAGACAUCAGUGCACUGCAGCAAGUUUUUAAAAAAAAUCUUCUGUUGCUGUAAGGUUUCUACAUAGAGGAUUCUGUUUUACGUGGUGCAUAAAUAGACGUUCCUCCCUCUAACUUGACCUCCGUCUUUCAUUCUGUGUUAACUGUAUCAGCCUCUUCUUAUUGUUUCUCUUUCCUUUCUUUCUUUCUUUCUUUCUUUCUUAGGAGAGUACUAUUUGCUGGUUUCCCAGUUUGUUUUGUUUUGCAUUCUUUCUAACUUAAGGGAAAAUUGAAAGUGUUUGUUGCCUCUUUGUGCUACUGAUUAUGAAAAGGUAUUUCCAGUAUUUGUUGCCACAGAAGUAUGAUAGCUUAUCAUCAACACUUGUUUUUUUUGUUUUUUUGUAAUUUUUUUUGUUCAACUUCUUGAGCUACUGUCUAUAAAGCGAGAAUUUAUUACUAUUUAUGUAACGCUACUACCAUUUUAUAUUGAUUUGUGUUGGAAUCUCAGUGCUUUUCUAUGAAUAAAGUGUGAAACACGU